CCUAAACAAAGAUGGCGGCCUUCAUCAAAAUGAAAUUUUGUUCGAAAAUUUGAGAAUUUCACCGUUUUCUUCAGAAGUUAAAUUUGCAUAUCAUUUCUCUUUGAUGAAAACAUAUCACCUUUAUUUUUGUCAUGUCAAAGAAGCGUCAAAAGAGUGCUGGGAGCACCAGUAUACCAAAAUGGGAGCAAGCACUCUUGGGAACAAAUUUCGGAGAAGAAAAUGGCUGGGAUGCUAAUGUUACAUUCCUAGUAGGAAAUAAAGUUGAGGAUUAUGCACAUAUUAAAGUACUGGCAGAGGCUGUGGCUGCUGGGUCUAGAAAAUUGUUUAGUGUAUUUUCACAGGAAGAACUAUUUCAACAGGUAAAAGAAUUAGGAAAUCCCAAGGCCAAGAAGACAAAGGACACGCCACAACACAGCGAGGUGUGUGAGCCAUGUAAACUGUACCUUGAUAGUGGAGAAGACAUACCACUUCCUCUAUUGGCUAAACUCAUCAAGUUUAAGCUAUUGAAUGUGAAACAAAAUGAUUUGAAAAGAAGAGAUGCUGAGAAAAAGGCAGCCAAUGAGAAGGAUAAAGACAAAGGUGGAGCCAAGGGUAAGAAGGAAAGAGGUAAAUCACCUGCCAAGAAGGGUGGAAAGAAGACUCCAGAGCCUCCCUCCCCAAAGAAGGAAAGCAAACUGCGUAAACGAGGAGAUGAAGACUUGGAUAGUAGAUACAUAGAUGAUGAACCCAAUGAUGGACCAAAGCACUAUGUUCUUAUCUAUGGCUUCAACCAUCCUCAUCUGUUGCGCUACCUGGAUGAGCUUGGCGUAUAUGUGGAUUGUAUCAUCAAGGUGGAGUCUGAAGACUACACACAAUUUGAGGUCAAGCCAGAGCCAGAGCCAACAAUAGAUAACCAAUCUGCAGUACCACCAGUAGUACAGGAAAAAGAUGAGAAAACUUUAGCACUCGAGGAAGCAGAAAGGAAAGUUAAAGAAAAGGAGAAAAAAUUAUUAACACAAUUUUGGACUGACGUAUUGGCAAUCAUGCAACAAGCCCCCAAUUCCUCAAAACUUCAUGAUGUCGCACGCUUGAGUUACAUUAUCAAAAAUGACAUCAUUCCGGAUGACCUUGAAGAUAAUGAAUUAAAAAGCCAGUUUGGCAGCAACAUGUUUGAAGCAAUUGCUGUGAUGAUCUAUGAUCUAUUGGACGCUAAACGUAUAUGGAGGUCCUACUUAACCAAUAUGAGGAUGCUCCAUGUGUAUGCGCAGGGGGAAGCCUACCAACCUCCACUGCCCACAGAGGCCCAAUCUCAGAUUUCUGCCCCCACGCCUGCCCAGCAGCCCCCUCCCACCGCCAUGACAACAGCCACAAUGCCUGUCAUUCAAGAAGGGGUGGAGCUUCCUCAGGAAGUGGAUCUAAGGUACUACAAGGAACUAAUGAGUUGUGUGCCCCAAGAAAGCGUCAGCGUUCCUCUUAUCAUGCACUGUAUGCUUGAACAGAUCCAGGCUACUGAGGAUGGUAAACUGCCCCCUAGUGAGCAAUCAAAGCCUCCCCGUACAGAUGGCCUUGACCCGACCUUGGCCUCUCACAUCAGUGGCAUGGCAUUCAAGUUGGCUUUAACCCAAGAUGAACAAAUGAAACUUGCAUCUGAUUUUGAUGUGCCAGAAGGCAAGCCUCAACCUCGUACUCAACCACUAUUGGUCAAUAUGCAAGAUGAUAUCACACUGCGUACAUUCCAACUGCGCUCCAUCAAUGGAUUCAAUGCAAAAGAGGCAGAGAUGGAAAUGUUAAAGUAUCUCCCGUUUGAAGGUGCGCUACAAUUCCCUCACCCUACUUCAAGAGCAGCCAAGGAGAGAGCCUCUCGUCUUCAGGAGCUUAUACAUUUUUGUGCCACUGAUGGUCUCACACAAUCUGAAAUCGACAGAGCAUUCAAGCAAUUUGUGUUUGAAUGCAUGGACCUGACAACAGUAGACGAGAAUGGAAUAAUAGUCGCUAAAUCUCACGAGGGUUAUGAAGGAUCUGUUAUCCCUUGGGAUGACCCCUAUCCAUUCUUUAAAGGAAUGGCAUGUAAACCUAACAAAACUGAGCCUGCAAAAGAUCUGUUGAAUCCUAACAUGCCCAUCGAAGGCUUUGAGGAAUACACAACAGGAAAUGUUACGCCAAGAUCUGAGCCAAACUCCAGGCCAGAGUCAAAAACAGAGGAGGUGCCUUUAUCCCAAGUAGAUAGCAAAGAGUUGUCAAGACCAGAUAGUUCUGGAAUACUCAAGUCUCCUCGUCCGGCUUCAGCCAAAUCUAAAACAUCAACUCACUCUGUGCAUUUUGAAAGAGAUAGUGAAGGAAAACCGAUUUCCUCUCAUGACUUGGCUCAGACUGCAGAGCGUAUUGAGGCAUCACAGGAACCCAACAAGACUGUAGAAGAAAGCAUGGAUGACAUCAUAGAUGCGACUAAGCGUAACGUUGAUGCGUGGUGUUUUGCUGAACACUUUGAACCCAAUGUACUCUUACAGGUUCUAAAAUCUGCGUCAUAUAACUUGCCAUAUAUGGACAUGUACUACCAUAAGCGGGACCAUACACUAUUGGUUGUGCUGCACAACCCACACAACCAGGAGUUACAGAGUCACGUAGAUUGGGAAACAAACUUGCAUUCAAAUGUAGGAUUCAGGAACUAUUUGGAGCAUGUGUCUGAGUCUAUCUGGGAGUGGGCUGAGGAAGAGAAUGCAAAGUACCUAGCUCAUCAGUUGGCAGAAGAGGUUGAAAAAGAGCGAAUUGAAGAUGAAACUUCGUCACGUCCUUCCAGUGGGGGAAAAGGAAAGAAGCGCGGGGAUCGAUCAAAGUCACCUAAAAAGUCUGAUAGUAAAAGCAAAAGUAGAUCACGAUCUCGCAGUGAAGAUCGUUCUGACUCCUCAUUGGCUGAAAACAAGUAUGUACGUACAAACUCCCUCAAAGCUCAGAAGGAGGAAGCCGAUCGCAUAAAGGCAGAGGAGGAAGAAAAGGAACGCCUGAAAAAUGAAAAACGAGCAAAAUCUGCCCAGAAAAAGCGAGAUAAGGAGAGAGAAAAGGAAGAGCGCGAGAAGGCUGCUACUGCUGAGAAAAGUAAAAGACCUGGCUCCAGGGGGAGUGCUAAAUCUCGCAGUGGCUCUAAGGAGCCCAAGGACUCCAUGGAGACUCUGGUGGAAGGCGAUGGAGAACCUCAUGUAGAAGAAAAGUAUUGGCCUUUCACGGGUUACGACGUAUCAAAUAAUCUGAUUCAUGCCUCGGGGGUCACAUCCACUCUGUUCCCUGCUGAUGGGGGUCAGAUCCGCACUGAACGUGUUCAGUUCAUACAAGGCACAACAUCUGUGAAGACAUCCAUUAUGAAAGAUAACCAUGUGUUCAUGGUGCAUGUGCUGGACCCAAUGGAUCCUAAUGCUGUUGAACAAAGUGAAGAAGUUAUACUGGAUGGUGAAAAUCAAGAGAAUGGUAUGGAGAAAGCUGAUUUGGAAAAAUCUGAAAAAGAAGAAGAAGCUGUUGAGAAUGACAACAUGGAGAACAAUGCAGCGACCAAGCGUGAGGCCCCCAAGAAACCUGCUAUAGGCAGCUUCGCUUCCUUCAGUGCUCAGCUCAGUGAUGGCAUGUGCAUAAGCCUCAGCACAUAUGGUGAAACUGGUGAACCUAAAGAUGGUAAAGGUCAUGAACCAGAACCUUAUAUUCCACCUGCCAGGAGCCCUAGUCCAACUCCAUUGUCACCAAACAAGGGAAAGAAGGGAGACAAAGGAAAAGAGAAGGCACCACCUACCCCAGAACCUCUAGUGGAAGAAGAAACUAAAGAUGAAACUGGGGAGGAAGAGCAAGAGAUGGAACAGCCAUUUCAACAGUUGUAUGUCACAUGUCCUGAUGGCUUGAAUGUUACGUGGUUCUUGGAGUCUUCAACUGGUAUCCAACCAGAAGAUGAGACUGAUCGUAAAGUCCUUGUGAAGCAGAACUACCCAUUCAAGACAAAUGGCAGCCAGCCAAGUGAGGCGUUGCGUAAAUCAGCCAUGCAGGAAGUGUCCAGGAUCAUCAACAAAGAUGGCACUGUCAUUAAGACUUUACAGGAUGACUCUGUUGUGGUUAUGUUUAGAGAUGGUACAACUAGUGAAUUCUCCACUGCACCCUCCAGCUUGCUACCUCCAAGCAGAAACUCUUCUCCACAGCGGCCAAGCAGUACUAAGAGUGAUAAAGACAGAGAGACACCUAAGAGAAUGGGAAGUCGUAUGAGUCGCAAGACAGCCAGUAUUGCAGCUAUUAACAAAGAUAAUGAUGAUGCUGGACAGAAGGAGGAGAAGAAAGGUCAUUGGAUCACUACAGCACCCAAUGGAGAGAGAGUGGCUACCAUGGCUGAUGGGAGCAGAGUACCUGGUGUAAAGAAUGCUCUCUGUUCAAUGGCCUCUGACCCAAUGACUGACCAGUCCAUGUGCACGAGGGAAGACCAUACAAUAGUCGUAAAGUACCCAGAUGGCACCAUGAUUGCAGAGCAUAGUGAUAAGACACGCAUCACAUCCUACUUUAAAACUGUUAGAACUCCUAUAGACUGUGCUUCCUAUCAUGAAACAGGGGAGUAUCCAGCAUUUGAAGACAGAGAGGUGCCGUUUGUUAUGAUAGAGUGUCCUGGUUAUGCUACUGUGACAUAUAACUGUGAGACCAGUGAAUGCAUCACAUCAUUUGGAAAUGGCACCAGAGUUCAUACUUACAAAGAUGGAGGAUAUGACAUCGAUCACUGUGAUGGAGGAAUGCUAUUGGUUGACUCAGAUGGCUGUUCUAUGUAUCGUCCACGUCCAAACAAUGACAUUGAAUUCCUUCAACCCAAUCAGGACCAUGUCUAUGUGAUGCGUCACUUUGCAGAUGUUGUUUGUGAAACAGUAGAUAAUGAGGGAAAUGUAUUUAAUGUAAAGAACACUGGGGAAACCAUGGUGAUCACUGCUAAUGGAGAACCUGUGGAAUCUGUUGAAGUGGACAGUGAAGAUGGAAAUGAAAAAAAUGAGAAUAACGGUCAAACUGUGAUUCAUACCAAAAAGGUAGUUCAAUAUAAGCAGCAUGCUCCACGGUUUUUCGUUGUACAUUCAAACGGAAGUGGAACUGAACUUUUACGCUAUCAAGAUGUUGCAGAGUACCUAACGACUGCUGAAAACGAUCCAACUGUAGCCAUCUUGAAUGAUCCUCUCCCAGAUUUCCCGGGAGUGAAUGGCAUAACAAUCCUGAAACCCUAUCUGAAGGGAGUCUCGGAACAAUGGGUGAAAAAAUAUGAACGUCAAACUAUAAUGCCAGAAGGUCUACUUUCAAGAAAUCUCCAUAAUUUGCCAUCGAAAGAAGAAAAGAAACCUGGACCGUCUUUUGGGAAUAAUGUGGGUACUGGUUUGGCUGUUGGAACAGCAGUGAUACCUCCCCCUCCUCAAUCUAUAUUGAAGUGUCCGAACAUGCUUGAAUUAAGGCAGCUUCUACAGUACAAACCAAUGGAGGAAACACUGAGAACCAAGCUCCAUGAUGGUUUGAAGGAAUAUGCUGAGUUUGUGCGUGAGAGGAAUCUAGAGACAUCCAUGAAUGAGCUUAAUGAGCCAAGAGAUGAGAGUGAGGUGGCCAAGGCAGAAGAGUUACAGGCUUUGGUUAAAGAUGAAAACCUUGCACAUCUUGAAGAUGCAAACAUCAAGGCAAUCUAUGAAAAGGUGACGGCCCCUCCUCCGCCAAGUCCACCCCCGACCCCUGCACCUCAGAGGACCUUGGCAGACUGGGAGAGGGACAAGCGUGAAAUUGCGGAAGAAAUUGAGGGGAGGAGAGCUUUGAGAAAGAACAUUAUACCACCAUAUUUUGAGAGCGAGAUGGGAAAGGCAUUUUUAUUGUCUCAGGCCCCAGAUGCAGCUACAAUGUGUAAACAUCUGUCCGAAGACCCAAGGGACCAAAGCCGUGACCCUGCUACAGCUGUCCGUAGUAACACCCCCUCAUCUGUCCAGAGCCAAGAUCAACCACCUCGUUACACAAGUUCAGCCUCACCAGAAAAGGGACAUUAUUAUGCUCCCAUAACCCCUGGGGAAUCCCCACAGAAAAUGAUGCACUCUGAGACGCCAUCUAAUUUGAGACCUGGGGCUCCCACUCCAGCUCAUGCUACAGGCCAAGGGUCACCUGCCCCCCUCAGACCAGGUAACCCAACCCCUGCCCAUGGUAUGAAGGAAAGUAGGGUACGUCCAGAUAACCCAACCCCCAAGCAACAGGCAGAUGGUGAUGGGACUUAUAGGGACAACUCGGCACCUGCUAUUCCAGAGGAAAGUCCUGCUGACUUGAACACUCCAGCUGAUUUUGUGACAACUCGUAGUCUAGAGGUUAAUGUAACUGGUCAACCCAGACAGGAGCCUGUCCAUGUCCCAGCUUAUAUAAAUUCUGGAAGACCUGGAGCCAUCCCUAAUGAAAGGUUUACUCAGAUUGAAGAUCCUGUUCGCAACAAAGUCAUGAUUUCCUCCGUGGCUGGCGCUACGAUAAAUGGAAGCAAAACAAUCUCAAACAUGAGAGGUUUUGAGCUGCUGCCAAGUCAAGUUGAUUUUGGGUUUCUCCGUGAAGGCUACACUUACCAAUUUAUAGUCCAUCUAAAGAACAUGGGUAUAGAUUCAUGUAGAUAUAAGCUUCGUCAACCACCACCAUCAACUGGAUUGAAAGUCAUCUAUAAACCUGGACCAAUUGCAGCAGGAAUGAAAGCGGAAUUGGCUAUAGAGAUAUAUGCCAUCGCUGUUGGUGUCAAGGGGGAAAGCGGUAUCGGCGCUGUGUCACAUGACCUUGAGAUCAUCACGGAAACUGACACCAUGUAUCUCCCAAUCACAGCGACAAUCCUCACCCCAGAUGAGUAUGACAGCAAGAGCCCAACAAGUCCCCGUGUCUGUAAAUUCCCAGGGGUGAAGCUCACCAACACAAAGCCUCCCUCAAGGGAGGGGAUUAUACGCCCAAGGAGGGAGGAUGUUCCAGACUCUGGAAUGACGAUGGAGCAUUCCAAGUAUUCAAAGAACUAAAACGACAUUACAAUCACAGUCAACCAAAGGUUGUUUAAUUCAAAAUCAGAAACAAUUUCCAUAAAGGAUACAGAGGAACAUGAGAACAGCAAAGAGAGAGCAAAAUUUCGGGAGCAAUCUUUAUCAUCUGAUGAUUGAGGUCAUCAUCUUGAAGUUAUAUUUUAGAUACAGAAUAUCCAAGACUAGAAUUGAAAAAGGGGUUGUACAUUUUCAAAUAUCGUAAAAUUGUCACAAUUUUUUAUAAAUACUCUCAACUUGUAUCUUAUCUUUGUUGCCCCUUUAAAGGUACUUUAUGCAUAUUUUCAGCUUUCUUUGGCAAAAUAGACUUACUUUUGAAUACU